UUCCUGGACUGGUUUCCAAAACACGUGGAUGCUAAUAAAACUGAAGCAACAACAAUAUGGCGAGCCAGGGGCUCACAUAUGAAGGGUGUAAUUUCUUCAGGCAGAGACUUGUUCUAUCCACACUGAGUGGGAAAUGGGUCAAAAUCAAAAACAUACGUUCGAAAGAUGACAGUCCUGGACUUCAAGAUUUUGAAGCCAGCUUUAUAAGGCUUAUGGACAAAAUUACCAAUGGCACCAGAAUUGAAAUUAAUCAAACAGGUACAGUCCUCUACUACCAGCCAGGCCUGCUGUUUGGUGGCCAGGUGGAGCAUGAGUGUAACCCCCAGCGCUCUAUAGGCUAUUAUCUUGAGGCGCUCCUGAUGCUUGCACCCUUCAUGAAGAAACCUUUGCGUGCUGUCCUGAGGGGUGUCACCAAUGACCAAAAAGACCCAUCAGUGGACACGUUGAAGGUGACGUCCAUUCCCCUAAUGAAGAGUUUUGGAAUUGAUGGGGAAGGUCUUGAACUAAAGAUCAUGAAGAGGGGGAUGCCACCAGGAGGAGGAGGGGAAGUCCUGUUUACCUGUCCUGUUCGCAGAACCAUCCGACCUGUCCAGCUGACAGACCCUGGAAAAAUCAAGAGGAUUCGGGGAACUGCAUAUUCUGUCAGGGUUUCACCACAGAUUGCAAACAGAAUUGUGGAUUCCGCCCGGAGUAUUUUGAACAAAUUCAUCCCAGACAUUUACAUCUAUACUGACCACAUGAAGGGUGGAAAUGCUGGCAAGUCCCCAGGCUUUGGCUUGGCACUAGUAGCAGAGUCCACCAAUGGCAUGUUCCUGAGUGCAGAACUUGCCUCCAACCCCCAGGGCCAAGGUAGCCCCAUGCUCCCUGAGGACCUGGGUUGCAACUGUGCCAAACUUCUGCUGGAGGAGGUGUAUAGGGGCGGUUGUGUGGACUCGACCAAUCAGAGCCUGGCACUUCUCUACAUGACCCUGGGCCAGCAAGAUGUGUCCAAAUUACUGCUGGGCCCGCUGUCCCCCUACACGAGAGAGUUCUUGCGGCAUAUCCGUGACUUCUUCCAGAUCAUGUUCAAAAUAGAAGUUCAGAAGCAGGAAGAUGAGAGCCGCAGGGGAGGGGACAAGGUGCUGAUGACCUGCAUGGGAGCUGGCUAUGCAAACAUCAGCAAAACUCUGAAAUAAAAUGUACAGCCUGUAUAAAAAUCACACUUGCAUCCUGCAAUUUUACAGUGAGUGUUGAUUGAUCUUGAUUGUGGGUUUUUUUUUGUAAAUGUGCAUUUUUACUAAGGUGUGUUUUUUAUGUAAGGGAAUUUUUAGUGAAAACAAGAGCAAUUUGAAAAUGUCAGCCACAAGACCUUUGCUUCAUUUACAUUUAUAUUUUUAGAGAUUGAGAAUGAGUCAAAGACUGUUUGACCCUUGGGAGAAGCAAGUACUGAAUGAUAACUUCAGGUGUUCUUAGGAAUCACUUUAUCAACUAGAAAAGGCUGCAGUGCUUAUUAGUUACUAUUACUAUAUUAUAUAUAUGUAAUUUAAUUCACAUAGGUAAGUAAAAUGACAUUUCCCAGCUGGCAGGCUGAUUGCUGCCAUUGUCACUGCUGGUGUUUCUUCCUUUGCAUCAUAAUGUCCUUCAUUGUCAAAUAUACUUUUAUUUAGCUUCAGUGCUAGUACGUAUUGGUUCUUUUAGGAGGAAAUUUGACCAUUUUAAAUGCAUAUGUUUUGCACCAGCAGAAAGAUGUUUUCAUCAUGUUAUAGAAGGACCUCUUGCUUUUAGUUUUUAACAGUUUGAUUCAAGGUAAGUGUUAGUAAUGGCUUAGUAACGAUAUUGUAUGGAACAGAAUUCGCUAUGCAAAUUUGGUUCACAGGCUUUUGUGUGAAAUUAAUAGUUGAAGGAACAGGUUUGCGUUUAACAAAUAUAUACAUAACGUAUCAAGGACUGUUAACUUUGGGCCAUGGUUAUUCAGGUCAUUGAACACAAGCUUGGAUACAUUAUGGACAGAAAGCAAGUUUGGUGGCAGGUACUGACGCAUGUACUCUGUCACGGAAGCAGAAAUAUUAAGAGGAGUCCUACGUGAGCAGAGAGCAAAAAUGCAAAUGCAACUGGUUAGAAAUUUUUACCCACCACUUUCUUGAAUCGCCAUGCUCUGCCUUAAUAUUUGCAUGCUUUGGUUCCACUGAAGAGCUUCAACAUUUGGUCGUUCUUGUUGCAUAUUGUACUGCCAUCCCAAGGCCAGCUUAUUGAGUAAGUGUUCAAAGAAAGAAGUGGUUGUUUCCUCCAUGGUUUCUACAAAAUACCUCAGCAUUACGAUAUUCACCAAUGCAACAUUCUCUCUAUCAUUACACUUGUAGAAGGAAUGAAAAUACAAAAACAUUAAUUAUGGAUAUGCAUGAUACUCUUAAAGUGUAUUACUUUUGAAGUAAUAUGGUGUACUGUUUCAGUUGGUUCAGGUUGAUGUCUUUUACACUAAUUUGUUUUAAAAAUUUUCACUACUCUGUUACACAAGAUUUUUCUUGUAUAAUGCUUUCGUAACAAACUUGUACCCAAACAAUAGCAUUUAAACGAAUCUUUACAUUCACAACUACUGAAAUGUGUGAUCUGUAGAAAUUUUUAAAUAUUCUUUAAUGCGACUCGUGUUUAUCAGAGCACACGUAAUUUCAAACAUGCCGGUAUAAGGCAUUAUUUUAUUAACCAUCUUGCAUGAAUAUGCUUGUAUGUGCUUGUGACGUCAAGUGUGUUCUUUAUACUUCUCAUUUCUCCAGUUUUUUUUAAAUCUUUACUAGCUAAUGCUCAUUAAAUUCUCAGGGCUGGC